UAGAUGCUUUGCCUAGGAACCGUGGUUUGUCUUGCAGGUUGUAUUUCAUAAGAAUGUAGGAAAACAAGCAUAAUUUGUGUUGAGUUUGUUCGAGCGGAGGAAGUAAGAACAUGUCUGGUUCUCAAGAGAUGACUGAAGAAGGCCCAGCAGGUGCUGUGGCUGCGAGUAACGUGCGUCGUCCAGUGUGCCUCAUUGUGUUGGGUAUGGCUGGUUCUGGGAAAACUACAUUUGUCCAGAGGCUGGUAUCACAUCUCUAUGGACAAAAGCACCGGCCAUAUGCAAUAAAUCUGGAUCCAGCAUGCCUAGAGGUCCCAUACCCAGCAAAUAUAGACAUACGAGACACCGUGAACUACAAGGAGGUUAUGAAACAGUAUGGCCUGGGUCCCAAUGGAGCCAUUGUCACCUCCCUGAACCUCUUUGCUACUAAGUUUAAUGAGGUAAUCUCCCUCCUGGAAAAGGCCUCCUCUACACAUGAAAUAGCUGUGAUUGACACUCCAGGCCAAAUUGAGGUGUUCACAUGGUCUGCCUCAGGGAACAUUGUGACUGAAGCCCUGGCAUCCACAUUCCCCACUGUAGUUGUGUAUGUAAUGGAUACGAUACGCAGCGUGAAUCCCGUCACAUUCAUGUCUAACAUGCUGUAUGCCUGCUCCAUUCUCUACAAGACUAAGCUGCCAUUCAUUGUGGCCAUGAACAAGGUGGAUGUUGUGGAGCAUUCAUAUGCAGUGGAGUGGAUGCGUGACUUUGAAGCUUUCCAAGAAGCCUUGGAGUCAGAAACUUCUUACAUCUCGAACCUGACACGAUCCAUGUCGCUUGCUUUGGACGAGUUCUACAACAGCUUGCGGUGUGUUGGUGUGUCAGCACUGACUGGUGCUGGAGUGUCACAGUUCCUUACACUGGUUCAGGAUGCAGCAGACGAGUAUGAAAAAGAUUACAGAGUAGAAUGGGAACGAAUCAAGAAGGAGAAGCAGGUCGAAGAGAUGAGGCAGCAAGAACAGAAGAUGAAGCAGGUAAUAGAGGGGGAGGGGAAACCUGUUUCCCUGGUGACCGAAGUGCCAAUGGGACAGGAACUGGCUGACGUCUACCUAAAGCAUCCUGCCAAUGAGAGCAGUGAAGAUGAGGAAGGAGAGGAGAACGUACCACAUCUCACAGAAGAAGAAAUUGAAGAACAGAAGGAGCGAGAUUCAUUCUACAAUUUUCUGACACAACAGAAGCGAGCACAAGAAAAACGGAUUGCAGAAGCAGCAGAGCAGACUUCUGAAAAGUGAUGGGCCAAACCAAAUGCAAGCUUUAAGUUGAGGUCCAUCUUGGUGAGAAUGUUGAUGUGGGGAAGCUCCAAGUUCACCAUCGCACUGAGAGCUGCCAUUGUUCCUGACAGAAACUUGGAUCCAUCCACCAUGAACUGCGAGUCCACCAGAAA